AUGAGAGUGAAACGAGCAAGCGCUACUACAGCCUACUACGCCAACUCAACCUCUACCUUUAGACCUGUUACACAACUGCUACAUGAUGUGGAACUUAACCCUGGACCUGCAAACUGCUCUAGUGGAGACAAGUCAGAAAAGUCAAAUGGCAAUGUUAAAAUCGCACAUCUUAAUGUUCGCUCGCUCAAAUGCCGUGAGCAUUUCGUUCUUGUAAAGAAUGCGGUACUGGAAAAUAAGUUUGAUAUAUUUACCGUAUCCGAAACAUGGCUCAACAGUUCAGUUACGGAUUUGGAGAUAGAAAUCCCUGGCUAUGUUAUCUACCGAAUCGACCGACAGGCGAGGGUUGGCGGUGGAGUAUGUGCUUAUGUCUCACGAAAUUACAGGACGGAGUACUUGAGUGACAUUUCUCUUAUCACGGCCUCUGGCUUCCAUCAACUGUGGCUAAAAAUCCACGUCAGAAACAUGAAGUCCUUCCUUGUCUGUACAACCUAUAGACCACCGGACACUUCUUUAUCUUGUUUCGAUUCAGAUCUUACAGAGAACUUUAUUUAUGCCUCGUCGUUUAAUGUUCCAAUUUAUCUAUUAGGUGAUUUGAACUGCAGACUUGAGAAUAGCGACGAUCCUGGAGCUAAAGCCCUUGUUAACUUUUAA